CGAAUCCCCAACAUCCCCCACCGCCGCAGAUAAAAAUCCAAAUAAUCGAAGCCCGCCGUACUCUCGCCCAUGGCGCUGCUGCAGCUGCGUCCGCCGCCGCUGGCGGCGCUCGGCCACUGCGCUCUCCCCUGCCGCCUGUUCCCCUCCGCGACCGCCCGCCGCUCCCUCGCCUCGGUCGCCUUCUCGCUCCAGACCAACGUGCGCCUCCUCAAACCCAACCGCCGCUCCCGGCGCUCCCGCUACCCCUACUACGACCUGGACGACGAUGAAGAGGAGGAAGACGAGGAGGACUACGAGGACGACGAGAGCGAGGAUGAUUUAUCAGGUUUGGAGUAUCCUGGUGUCCUUUAUACAAACAACCCGCGUGCUCCGAGCAAGAGAGCAGGACGAAAAACACAACUGGUGAAAGAAAAUUGGGAAGGAAGGCGGCCUAAAACUCGUGAUAAACAUGGUAGUCCAGAAAGGUCUAAUUCCCUCCAGCCCAGGAGCAAAAUAAACAGAACAUUACUAGAUCUUACAAGCAUGAACAACGAGGUAGAGUUGAAAAAUGAAAGUAUCUCUCGGAGUCUGUUUGAAAAAUUGCAAGAAGAAUAUGACUUUGAUGAUAAAUGGCUACCGCUUAUUGAUUACUUGUGCUCAUUUGGACUGAGGGAAUCCCAUUUUACUUACAUCUAUGAGAGACACAUGGCUUGCUUGCAAAUCAACCGGGCUUCUGCAGAAGAAAGGUUGGAGUUCCUUCUAAGUGUUGGUGUUAAAAGCAAGGAUCUGAAGAGGAUUCUGGUCAGACAGCCGCAAAUUUUGGAAUACACUCUCAGCAAUCUGAAGUCUCAUGUUGCUUUUCUGGCUGGCAUUGGUGUUCCGGAUGCACGUAUGGGGCAAAUUAUUUCUUCUGCCCCUUCAUUUUUAUCUUACAGCAUUGAGCAGUCCCUUAAGCCAACUAUAAGCUAUUUGAUUGAGGAAGUAGGUAUUGAGGAGAGCGAUGUGGGGAAAGUCGUGCAGUUAAGCCCCCAGAUUCUGGUGCAGCGAAUUGAUAAUGCGUGGAAAUCUCGAUUUCUUUUUCUCUCAAAAGAACUAGGGGCUCCCAAAGAUAGCAUUGUCAAGAUGGUCACAAAGCACCCACAGCUGCUUCAUUACAGCAUUGAGGAGGGCAUCUUGCCUCGAAUCAAUUUCCUUAGAAGCAUUGGCAUGAGAAACUCUGAUAUUCUCAAAAUAUUGACAAGUCUUACUCAGGUGCUAUCUUUGUCGCUGGAGAAAAAUCUCAAACCAAAGUAUCUUUAUUUGGUCAAUGACCUUAAGAAUGAGGCUCAAUCCUUAACAAAGUACCCCAUGUACUUGAGCUUGUCCCUUGAGCAGAGGAUUCGUCCCCGUCACCGUUUUCUUGUUUCACUGAAGAAGGCUCCAAAGGGUCCAUUUCCUCUUAGCUCCUUUGUGCUUACAGAUGAGCGUUUUUGCCAGCGGUGGGCUGGGACUAGCUUAGAGAAGUACCAUACAUUUAGACAGAGCUUGCUGCUGACAGGUUUUGAAGAGAAGACUGGAAGGAAACCAUUGGCAUCACGGCGGUAGAUAGUUGAGGAAUUUGACCUUGGGCAAGAGGGGAUCUUGUGACUUCCAAGCCUGUCCUCACUGUACGAAAGCUCCAGAGAGUCUAUUUCCUCUAAACCCCCUCGCGCCUGAGGACGAGCAUUUUUGCCUGCAACGAGCCUUGACUAACUUAGAGAGAAGUAGCAUACAUCUAGACAGAGUGUCUGUUCACAGGUUAUGCUGAGAAGUCUGAAGGAAAUUAUUAGCACCAAGGCAGUAGAUAACUAAUCUUGAAUUGAGGGAUUACGAUUUAGACUUUGAGCCUGUCCCUCCUCACUGUACGAUGACCGUCUUACACAACACUUCCUUUUUCUUUGUGUCUUCCGGUUGUUGUUUUGUGCAGUUCUGAGGAUUGGUCUACUUCUUUACAGGAAAUGGCCUAGGUUGCUUUGCUGUUCAACUGUUGCCUCGUUGUGAAGCAUCUUGUAGAGUCUUUCUGAUAGCUCCGGAUCAUCAACUACAAAUGGAUGGUUCAUCUGACACAACGGCAUCCACCGGAAUGUCUGAUCGAACAUUCUGUUAACUGCUUAAAGAGUAGCUGCCUUGACUUCUACUUACUGUUAACCGCAACUUUCGAGCAAGAUAUUAAGUCUAGCAAGACUGCAGCUUGACCAUCUUAGUGCUGUGGUGGGUAACUUUUUUGUGUCAGACAUAUAGGCUAUAGUAACAGUAACUUCUUCAUCAGGGUUGUAAUGAUUUAUCGUACUAGUACUAGGAGUAGUACUGUGUCUACGUCCUCCCUAUCUCUCACAGGGUUAUGAUGGGAAUCACACUUUCAGAAACUAUACCUAGCAGUUGCUGUAGUGGAAGAAGAAACCAGUGCAGCAUUCGACGAAGAGCCUCAUGUAUGCUGGGCCCAUGUGCUUCUGAGCGGAAAAAAUUCCUAUCUUCAAGUUUCAA